AUGAAUUAAAGAUAGGGUCCAAAGUUUUUAAUAAGCCUAUUUGAAAUACUCGAAGGCGAAGAAAACAUAAAUGUAAUUAGAUGGAACAAUGAAGGAGAUGCCUUUGAAAUUGUAAAUGCGGAUUUAUUAGUCAAUUCCAUUUUGAGUGUACAUUACAAAUAAUCAAAUUUCUUUAGUUUUGUGAGACAAUUGAAUCAAUAUGGGUUUAAUAAAUAAAAGAUUGACAAGAAUUCCUACUCCUUUCGACAUAAAUAUUUUCUAAAGGAUUAGAAGAAACUGAUAGCUAAAAUAGUGAGUUCUCACAAAUAAAAGGUUUUGGAAUUUAAAAGGGAACAAAGAGAAAAUGUGUUCAAUGACGAUGAACAAAAUGUGUAAACUAAGACUAUACAGGAAUUGUAAUAAAAUCAACAUAAGAUCUUCAGUUAAUUUAAGGAAUAAAUGAAUACCCAAAUGCAAAUAAAAUAGUUGAUCAUUUACUUGAAAAAUAAAAUUGCUGAGUUUAACAUUUAGAUUGAAUAGUAGUGCUUCAUAGCAUAGACUUUAUUAAUUAAAGUUAUUAAAACGAUCCCGAAUGACGAACAAUACUAAUGUGAAACUGAAUUAUUAAAAAAUGUGCUAUAAGAAUUCUCAAACAUUUACUUGGAAUAUUAUGGAUACAACUAAAGUUAAAGAAGUCCAAACCUAUCCAUUUUAUCACUCACUCCAGCCCCAUUUCAGAUGAAUGAACAGCAAAGAAGAAGUUUGGGGUUAGUUGAUACGAACAAAGUGCAUAUCAACGAAUAAAUACAGCAAUACUUGAGAUGGGUGAAGGAAUCAUAUGAAAGGGCAAUCAUAAGAAAUGCUAUUUGA